CUCUUUCUCUCUCUCCUUCUUGACCCCUAUCUCUCUCCUCGCCCCCUUCUCUCCCGCCCGAUCGACCCAAGAACUGCCGAUUUCGCCGGUUCUUGGCUCGAUCUCUCCUCGUUAGCUCGUGGAGAUCACCUCCUGUUUGGCCAUAAAGAUUCCAGAUCCCCACCUGUUUCCUGGUUCGAUCUCUCAGACCGAUUCGAUUUUACCACGCACAACAAGGAAGCAUUCCUUUCAUAUCUGGGCCCGAGCGAUUGGAUCGUCCCAUGCUCCACUGCGACGCGGAUAUCCUGAAUAACAAAAAUAUUUCCCAUCCAGAUUCCAUCGGAUUGUAUCAUAAUUGGUGAAAGGUGUGACGUUAAGACAUAAUUUUGGUCGGAAAUUCUUCGACAUGGGGAGGGUGAAGCUCAAGAUCAAGAAGCUGGAGAACACCAGCGGGCGGCAGGUGACAUAUUCUAAGCGGCGGUCAGGGAUUCUCAAGAAGGCCAAAGAGUUAUCCAUUCUCUGUGAUAUCGAUCUCAUUCUUCUCAUGUUUUCCCCCAGUGGAAGGCCUACCAUAUGCGUCGGCGACAAAAGCCCCAUAGACGAAGUCAUUGCAAAGUAUGCACAACAAACUCCUCAGGAAAGGGCUAAAAGGAAGCUGGAGAGCUUAGAAGCACUAAAGAAGACAUUCAAGAAGCUAGACCAUGAUGUCAACAUUCAGGACUUCUUAGGCUCCGGGGGUCAGACGGUCGAGGAAUUAUCUAGUCAUCUUGGCGCAUUGCAAUGUCAAAUGGCAGAUGUUCAAAAGCGUCUCAGUUAUUGGAGCGAUCCCGAGAAGGUUGAGAAUAUAGACCAUAUAAGAGCGAUGGAGCAAUCUCUCAAAGAAUCUCUUAAUCGCAUCGGCAUUCAUAAGGAGAACUUUGCAAAGCAGCAUCUGAUGGGCCUACAGUGCGCUGCUGCUCAGUUCCAGAACGAGAUGCAGCUACCUCUGGGGCUAACCGGUGACCCGAACCCUUCGUCGUGGUUCCACAGCGGUGGCGGCAGCGAUGGACAGCCGCCCAUGAUGUUACCUGAAGACCCCAGCUUGCUCCAUCAGAGGGACAUCGGGUGCUCGACGAGCACGUCGCUGCAGAGCUACCCGGGCUACUUCAGCAUGAGCAAGCAGUCGACGGACACCGCCGGGGGCGAGCAGCAGCACCAGCAGGCGGCGGCGGUACAUCAGCACCAGCACCAGCACCAGCAGCCGGAGUUCAGCCAGGGCGACUGCCUGACGUCACUGCAUCUCGGCGCGCAGUUCCCGUACCAGUCCGCCUUCGACCACGCCAGCCUCCUCAACGACAGGCUCUUCAGGCCGGACAUGGAGCUGCACGUCGACAACGCGGCGGCCUCGGCCAUGGACUUCGUCGGCGGCCACUAUGAAAUGCCGAGGCCCGGCGACGAGGCCAGCUUCCAGAACUGGGCAUCGGCGGCAUGCGGCGCCACCAUGUACGAUCACCAGCAGCAGCCGCCAUCUGCCCAACUUAUUGUUCAGAACAUGACUGAAUCCCUGACCGUCAGCUCCCUGCAGCAGCAACUCUGAUAGUAGCUUCGUUCGACCACGACACCGCCGUACAUCAGCAGCUCAUGAUUUGAUGAUUCUUUAGCCAACGAACCGAAGCCUAAAGGCCUUACCAUCGCUGCUAAAAAGAAUCCUUCUCAGUCAGUUUGUUAUUCCGUAGGAAUGAAACAAGGUGUAUAGGGGAAAAUUGAAUUUGUCAGUGUAAAGCAUAUACUGACCAUAGCCGAUUCAACUUGUAAAAUAUAAAUGGAUUCUUAACUCUAAUGUAAACUAUGCUGCAUUUUUGCCAUGAAAAAGGUUGGGCAGCUAACAUCC